UUCCUAUCUGCUGUCUCUUCAGUAACAUCUCAGACUUCCCAUUUUAAAAAAUGGAACUGGUGGCAGGGGCAGGACUUCUGUUCCUUCUCUGUGUGGUGUUCCCUUUAUGCUUCAUUUCCUUCCAAAUGCACAAGAGGCAGAGCCAGCUACCUCCAGGGCCCACUCCUUGGCUCUUCCUGGGCAAUGUCUUUCAGAAAGGAGUUUUUCCUCUGCAUGGUUGCUAUAAGAAGCUUAUGAAGAAGUAUGGCCCCAUCUUCACUAUCUGGGUGGGACCACAGCCUAUGCUUGUGCUGUGUGGAUAUGAGAUGGUGAAAGAUGCUCUGGUGGAUCACUCUGAAGAAUUUGGUGGGCGGCCUCUCAUCCCUAUCAAUUACCGAAUACACAAGAGCCUUGGAAAACAAGGCAUAAAUAAUAGAAAAUGGAGGGAGCACCGCCGAUUCCUCCUUUCCACUCUGCGGGACUUUGGUAUGGGAAAGAAAACCAUGUCUGAGAGGGUCCAGAAGGAGGCCCUUUGCCUGGUUCAAGAAAUUGCAACCACACAAGGAAAAGCAUUUGAUCCAACAAACACUGUCUUCAGUGCUGUUUCUAAUGUGAUCUGCGCUGUUGUCUUUGGGACUCGGUUUGACUACAAAGAUCCAGUCUUCCAAGAGAACCUGCAUGUUAUUGAUAACUUCAUUAAUUUUUUUCACACAUACUGUGCACUGAUCUACAACACUUUCCCCAAAAUAAUGGACUACCUACCUGGACCUCAUAAGAAGCUUCUGUCAGGUUGUGCAAAAGUGUUUGCCCGCUUCCAUGAGAGGGUGGAGGCCCAUAAACAGACUUUGGACCCUCAAGACCCUCAAGAUUAUAUUGACUGCUACUUGAUCAAGUUGAAAAAGGAACAAAAUGUUGAAGAGAACAUUUUCAGCUCUGAAGAAAUUAUUGCCUCUGUUUUUGGCAUCUUCGCUGCUGGAACAGGGACUGUAAGCAAGACCUUGCUCUACUCCCUUUUUUUGAUGGCCAAGUUCCCUCACAUUCAAGCAAAAGUCCAAGCAGAGAUCGAUGAGGUGCUAGGUGCAAAUUGUGCCCCUGGCAUGGAGGAUCGUGUGAGGAUGCCAUUCACCAAUGCAGUUGUCCAUGAGAUUCAGCGUUAUGAAAGUACAUCUUUGGAGAGUGUCCCCCGUCAAACGACUUGUCGCACAGUAUUCAGAGAUUUCACCAUCCCCCAGUACACCACGGUCAUGCCAUUACUUUCAUCUGUUCACCUUGACCCGCUGCAAUGGGAGACUCCAGAGGAAUUUAACCCAGGGCAUUUCUUGGAUGAGAAGGGCGAGUUCAGGAAGAGAGAUGCCUUCAUGCCUUUUUCAAUAGGAAAGCGGCAGUGUCCAGGGGAAGCGCUGGCCCGAAUGGAACUCUUCCUGUUCUUUAGCACUCUUCUCCAAAACUUCACCUUCCAGCUGGCUACAGAUGAUGCAGAGAGGGAUGCAAGGUCUUUGUUUCAGAAAUACAAAGCAAGGGACUUAUACCCCCACAUUCGAGCCAUUAAACGUUCAAAGUGAUUUUGUGGCAAAAAAUUCACUGAUGUAAUGGGGGUGGAGGGAGCCAGUAGCUUCGAACAUAUUCAGAGAAAUUGCUAUUGGAAGACUGACAAUAGAGUUGCCUCAGAACCAGAGUUGGAUAUGCACCUGUUACCAGCACAGAUAAAAUGCUUAUAAUAUACACUUUGGGCUGUACCAAGGAGGUGUUUAACUCUCGCAAGGAAGUUUUGAAUCCCAUUAUUUCCCCAGUAAUGUCUUUAAGAGCACCUUCUAUUUUCUGAACUUGCACUGCUCAACUUCUAUCUUAUUUCAGUUUAUGAACUCCUUAUCCCUAUCUCUAGGGAUUUGUGGAGAAAGCAUGUCAGACUGGGCACUGAUAGUAGACUCUUAGCCCUAAUUAAGUCACUCUACAGGGCUACAUUCUGCCAAAUUAAAUGCUCCUGUUCUGGAACACUAACUCCCAAAAUACCAAACCAAACCAAAAUACCAAACCAAGCUAUUAGGCCAGCAAAAAGAAAAUAAAAACAAGAUCAAACUAUACACAAGUACAGAAAUCCAUGGUAUAAAAUCUAUACUCCCAAAAUACCUUUUAACAGAGAUGUGAAGCAGGGAUGUGUUUGGCCUGUGUACCUUUUAAUCUUUUUUGAAUGAUCUGCAUUAACAGAAAUAAACUCACAUUGCCCAAGACUAAGCAAUGUACAUAUCCCGAUCUUGCUCUACGCUGAUGACACAGUCCUUCUCUCUUGCUCCAAGAUAGGUUUUAAUUUGUCUCCUUACCUGUUGCACUGAUUAUUGCACCAGCAAUAGCCUUGCUUUGAACUUCAAGAAAUCUAAGAUCCUCAUAUUUUCAAGGGCUUAGAGGCCUACCUGCUGGUCCUUAAACAAGAAUUCCCUGGAGCAAGUGAAGCAAUUCAAAUACAUAGGGCUGCAUUUCCAACACAGAACGGACUGGGCAACUCAUUGGGACAUAGUGAUCUCGGCAAGCAAGAGCAGUGUUGUGGCAAUAAUCCGCUUUUUCUAUAACGGGGUCACAAAUAUGUCCCUGCUGCCCUUAAGGCCAGUGCCAAGGUAGGUCAGCAGUUGCUCUAUGGUGCUCCUAUGUGGACUGGUGCUUGGAACCGCUUAGUUGAAUAUAUUCAGUCCUGCUUCCUAUAUAACUUACUCAGUUUGCCACAUUGAGUGCCCUAUGCUGUCCUUUGUCUUGAAACUGGUCAACACCUUUUAGAGACCAGACCCUGGCUUGCUACAUUUAAGUUCUGGCUACAUCUCUGUUUUAACUUCGAGGACUCAAGCCUAACAUACCAGUCUCUUGUAGAUCUUCAAAACUCUGCUGGACCUUAGUAGAACAAAAAAUAUUAACAUUGCGAUUUACACUAGAGUCACUAGCUAUGCUGUCCACCGGUGAAAUCUUUUGCUCCUUAAAGCAAAGAUUAAUUGAUCAGGAAUUCCAGUAUCUCAGCAGUGCAGCAAAUAAGUCCUGCUCUCCCCUUCAAAAAAAAUCCCUUUAACAUAGCCAGAGAGGCCAAAUACCUGAGUCAAUUAACCUUACCCAACCAGCGAAGAGCUCUCUCUUUGGCAAAGUGCAAUGUGCUUCUUUCAGCUGUAACAACAGGAAGACGUCUAAAAAUUCCCUACCAGGACAGAAUCUGUGAUUGCAGCAUGAAGCAGACUGAAUCUGUAAUUCAUAUGCUUCUAUACUGCCCCUUUUAUAAGACUAUCAGGUCCAACUUGUUGACCCCUCUACUCACUAAUAAAGAAGAUCUAUCAGAUCAACAAUUUUUAAAAAAUAUUUUAAACAAUUAUUGUUCCACUAUUUCUGAAACGGUGGCUAGGUACCUGUGUAUUGUCAUUAAGUUGCAACCAUGAUUGUUUUACUCUGUGAUUACUACUAAUCUGUAUUGUUUAUUAUGCCAAUAAAAGAUUUUGACUGAA